GUGUUACGUGUCUUGUGACAAUAACUUUUUUUCUUUGAACCUAUCCAGCAUAAUGGAUAAAUCAAGUGAAUUGAUCUCAUCUACUCGAGUUGACCGGCCUCUUCGGGUCUCAGUCGAGGGGAACAUUGGCAGUGGUAAGACCACUUUCCUCAACUACUGCCAACACCGACGAAAUGACGUAGAUGUUGCAUUCGAACCUGUAAGCCAGUGGACCAACCUGAAUGGGACCAACCUCCUGAGCAAUUUCUAUGGUGACCCGGGUAAAUGGGCAAUGCCAUUUCAAUCAUACGUGAGCCUGACGAUGCUGGAACUGUGGUCCCGAAGAUCUGACAAGGAAAUCUGCUUGACUGAACGAUCGCUACUGAGCUCCAGGUAUUGUUUCCUUGAGGCCAUGAGGUCAAGUGGUACGCUCGAUCCUGCUAUGUACUCUAUACUUGUCCAGUGGCAUGCAUUUUAUGUUAGCAAAUUCGAUUUUGUCACUCCCCACGCUAUAGUGUAUUUGGAAACCACGCCGACUGUUGCUCAUCGUCGUAUGCUGUCUCGGUCUCGUACUGAAGAAUCUUCCGUACCUCUGGCUUACCUCGAGCAAUUGGACGCAUUGCACGGAAUUUGGCUCCGUAGAGAGCAGACAGCUAACAUACCAAUAUUCGUUAUCGAUGCCGACCAGCCGAUGGACACGUUGAUAAAGAGUUACGACGAGUGCUUGGGCAAUUUGAAAUUACUGCGACUAUAGUUGGUUCGCUUCAACACCAGAUAUUCCUUAACAUUUUUACACUUGGGUCGGUUCGCAUUGUGAA